AUGUUCGAAUUGUGGGUGUGGCUCGUUGCUUCAAGUAUCAUUGGGGGUAGUAUCUCUGCCUCGGACAUUCAAGACACCGCGAAUGCCACCGCCAUCACCACGAAUGAUACGACCGUCGUGUCCAGUUUUGCCGGCGGCUUGAAUGCGUCGGAAUGGGAAUUGACGUUUGAAGAGCACUUUGAUCGCCUGGAUCUGGCCAAGUGGCACGUCCAUCACGACUGCUCCACCCACCGUGACUGCGCCCACAACGACGAAAAGCAAGUGUACCUCCGGGACCAAGCGUACGUCCAGAACGGCCACCUUGUCCUCGAAGCGUCCAACCUGACGCAUGUUUCCGAAGCAUCCGGCACGCGGCGCUACCGAUCGGCCAAGCUCGACACGGCCCAUUCGUUUAGCCAACGCUACGGCAAAUUUGAAGCUCGCAUCCAACUCCCCCGAGGCGCUGGCAUGUGGCCUGCGUUCUGGCUCAUGCCAAAGGGCGGGCGAUGCUGGCCCAUGGAUGGCGAGAUCGAUAUCGUUGAGUACGUGGGGCAGACCCCCCAGACGAUCUACGGGGCUUGCAAUGCCAACCUUCACGACGACCCCGCCGUGUGCGGCCCCACGGGGGCUUCCCAAAACGACGACUCGUUGUCAUAUGCGUUUCACGAGUAUUCAGUCGUGUGGACCCCCACGUCUAUCCAAUGGUUCAUGGACGGCCAAGAGUUUUACCGCCUGCCUCCAAAGUCGGGAUGCCGCAAGCCGGCGUCCUUCUUCCUGCCCUCCAAGCCGUUCUACAUCAUUUUGAACUUCGCUGUCGGGGGCACAUGGCCAGGCGACCCCACUGCCGCCACAACCUUUCCCCAGCGCAUGGUCGUCGACUACGUCAAAGUGUACCAACGACGGUUGGAGGCAAGCGAUAUUAACGUUACGGCCGAGACGAUCCAAUUUCCACUCUAA